AUGCCAACAUUGGAUGUCACUACUGCUACAGCAGCAGCUGUCUUCAUCUCCACACGAAUUGCCCAUUUUGGCUGCCCACAGCAUGUCACUACGAACCAUGGACACCAAUUUACACCUGUCCUUUUUCAUCUGCUGACAGAAUUCUGUGGAGCUGACCUGCACCUGACAUCAAGCUACCACCCAGUUGCCAACGGCAUGGUGGAACGGCUCCACCAUACCUUGAAGGCUGCCCACCUGUGUCACAACAACAACUGGACCACUGCCAUGCCUCUGGUACUCCUUGGCCUCAGUGUCUCUCACAUGGCCAACGUUGAGAUGUCUACCACUGACCAUGUUUAUGGUCAACCACUCGCAAUGCUGGAUAACUUCCUGGAGCAUUCCCACCUGCCUGCAGCCACCAGGCUGUCAACUCCUCUUGACAGCUACCUGGCAAUGCUGCUGCUCCUUUUCCUCCACAGCCCCACUCUAACAACUAUUCCUUGCACCUGCCCCUCUACACAUGCUGCACUGGACACGACUUCAACUCAGCUCAACCCAUCACCCAACACUCCACCUGCUGCCAGCUUACUCAUUGCUUGCACCCACUACUGCAUCAACUCUGGUUCCUGCCUCAUCCUGUGCCAUGAUGGUCUUGCCAUGUGGUGA